AUGUCACAACUAAAGAUGAAUAACGACGCAGAAUUAAUACAAUCUUACAUUGAUCGUAUUAAAGUAAAUUUACCAACUAAAUAUAGAAAAUUAGAAACCAUCGAGACUGAUCCAAUAGUUCAGGCAACUGUUACUGCUAUUGUGAAUAUGUCUACCUUAAGGCUUGGCACAAUCGCUAGUUCUUUAACAAAAUUAUUAGAAAGUGUCACAGAGGAUCUGGAAAGUUCAAAUGUUUUAAUAGAUUUUGUUGCUCCAGAAAAAUUGCAGAUGCAAUUAUUCUUAUUGAAAAUACUUUCAGCGUGUAUGAGUAACCAUUGGAAAAAUCAUAAAAUUCAUCGUGAAUCUCAAAAAGAAAUAAUAAAUGAAAGUGGUGGAGGUGAAACAACCAUUUCCACUGCUAUUCCAAAUUCUCAAAACCAUCAAAAUAAUGUAAAUUCAAGUCCAGAAUCAAAAAAUCCUAAAAAUAGACAAUCUGAUAAUCCACCACCAUUAAAACCAGAAUUGGCAAACUUCAUUUUACAUAUUUUGUCUAGAUUCCUUCGUCAAAAAUCACUACAAGACGAUAAUGCCGGAGUGCAAACAUUACCGAGUGGAGGUUUGCCUCCAUCUAAUCAACAAUCACCAUCAACACACGAAUUGCUAAAUGAAAUCUAUAAAAUUGCUGGUCAUGUUAUAUUUUAUAUUAGUGCUUCAAAUUGGAACGUUGUGUUUAAGAGAAUAAGAAAUAAAAUCAAUCAAAUUUCUGCAACAAAUGAUGAAUUUCCCGAUACUUCUGAAUUGCGACUGCUCGAGUGUUCUGAUUUUAACAAAGAAAGAUUGGAAGAGAUAUUAAAUGUGGUUUGUAUUUUUUUUCCUAGACUCAGAAAAGUUGCUCAACUGGACACAGCAAAGUUCUUACGUUACGCGAUAUGGAGCUGGAUUGAAGUUUUCCCCGAUGAAUUUGUCUUAUUAUGUCAAUCAAAAUCAAGAAUGGGAGGAAAACCGGAUGUGUUAUUCGAUAAUUGCUAUAAUUCAGCCGAUCAGCCUCAUCGUAAACUUGUAUUAUGGCCACUACAAACAGUCUUAUUAAUUAUUUGUCCUGAUAUCUUAAAUAAAAUUGCAAACAAAACUUACGAUAAAGACUCUCCAAAAAGAUCUUUGAGAAAUAACAACAAAUUACCUGAGGUGGCAGCUAAAUGUUAUGUAGAUUUUUGUAAUGCAUCAGUUUAUCUAGCAAAAAGUGACUCGUCAGUUUUUACUCCAUUUCUUACCGAUAUUCGAGAAGAUUUACAGAAAAAAUUAUUUGAUCCGGUUAGACCAUUCCCAAGUGAACAGAAUAUAGACCAAAGAUUAAUGUCCGACUGUUUAUUAGCUUUAUUCAGAUUAAAUCCCCAACAAACAUUGGGCUCUUUGGUUAAGAUUUGUCUUCAAGAUGAUGCUCCUAUUGCCUUCAAAUCAGUCCUCGUUAAAAGUUGUUAUGGUAUUGCUUUAGAGGAAAAAUCAACCUCACCGCUUCCAUGGGUUCCACAGAUUCGUACAAUGUACUCAAUACUUGCUAAACCACUUCGGAAACUAUUCAUAGAUAUGAUAUACAAAAGAGAUACAAGGCCGACCGAAUCCGGCGGCAGAAGAUGGACCAGGUCUGAGAUUAUAAUAAAUAUUUUGAAAUUAUACAAAACUGAUCCAAUACUUGCAAUAGCCGUUAAUGAUUCUGAUGGUCAUGUAAGAGAAAACCAAAAAAUGAUAUUUGCAAUUUCAGAAUGCAUGAACAGUGAUGUCCAUACAAUAAAAGCUACUUCUUCUGAGGCUUUAUUGGCUCUUCAUAAUGUGGAAUUGAUUGAAAAAUGGGGAAUAAUAAACAAUGAUAUGCAACAAUUUUGGCAAAUUAGUUCACACAUCACGCAUUCUAUGGCAAAGCAAUUGUUAGAAUGUAAUGAAAACGAAGAGUGUACAAGAAGUAUGUUGGAAAGAUUAUUAAAAUUAUUAACUUCUCGUAAUGAAUUCUUAAAAAAGCAUCAGGAUAAAAGCUCAUUAAAAUCUUAUGCACAGGAUCGUCUUUCAUCCAAUAUAGCACUUGAGAUAGCAUUGUUAGUUUUAUUAUGCUCUUCCGACAUUGAUAUCUGCACAAUGGCAAUAAAUUGUUUUAGUCAAUUAUGCCAAGAAGCUAAUCUGUCAGGUGCAAUAUUAAGUCAUGAUAUUGAAGAGGCAAACGAUAUCAUACCAUAUCAUAUGACAAUUGUAGAGAAUAUGAAUGUCUAUAACGAAUUAUCAGAAACCGCAGAUAUGUUUCAUGGAAAGGUAGCCCAACAACGUCGCAUACGUAAAUUGUUGCGUAUGAUGACUAAACCCACUCCAGGUAAUCUUGGUGCAUGGGAAGAAGCUUGGCGAAGAUGGAGACAAUCGAUUACCCAAUUCUCAAGAACCCCCGAUGAUCAAUUCAUUGAAUCUCCGGAUAGAAUCAGAAGAUUCAUUGGCAGGGGUCGAGCUACAAUCCCUAUUCCGCAUAAACUACCUGUGUCUCAUAGUUCUUCAUUUUCAAUCCCUGACAAUCAACUUACCGAAUGGCAGAAUUACACAGGUUUUUUAACAUCAUUAGGAGGAUGUUGUGUAGAUGAUAAAAUAUUAAAUAGUGCCAACGAAUACGUCGAUAAUAGAUUAUCAAUGCCACAACCAACAGAUUAUCAUACUAUGGUCGAGAAAUUUAUACAUGAGAUGGUCGAUUUAUUAACAAAUGAAAGAGUGUUUAUCGGUGAAAUAAUCAGAGAAACGUUAGGGAAUGAGUUGAGUCCAAGAUUGUUUGUGAUACUGUUUCGAUAUCUGGAAACACUAGUAAAGGAUUUUUUUUCAAAUGGUCAAGUAAUCUCAUCUCCCAAGAACACGGUCAUGGUGGAACAAUCCAUCAUUGUGUUGAAACUUAUCUUGGAUCGUAUACAUGAUUCAUCAGAACAUUUUUAUACUUGUGAUCUUGGCAACUUGGUACUUUCGUUUGCCAGAUAUUUAAAUAGUUUGGGCACUAAUAAUAUAGCUUUACGUAUAAAAAGGAAAAUUUGCGUCCUUACGGAAACUUUAAUGAUCAAAAAGGAGUUUGUGAGUCUCAGACAGGAGAUCAAGUUAAGAAAUAAUUUGUUGGAAAUGAUUAUCGAGUGGACUUCUGACUUUUCAACCAAUGAAAAUUCUAUAGGUUUAGAAAAUACUGUAAAUAAAAAUGAAAAAAUGCACCGAGAAUUGGAUCAAGCAUGCCUAAAAACCAUAGUUGCGCUAUUGGAUAAACUUCCACUACAACCUUCUGAUACAAAUCUUAAUACGGAUUUGGCCAGAUCCAAAUCUAGACUUUUUUAUAAAUAUUUCUCAUUUUUUAUUAAAUUAUUAAAUCGUUGUCGUAUUCUUGAGGCAAUCGAUCUUGGAACACACUCGGCUAAAAAUAAUCACGAUUUACAAAUGCUAUUAUCAAAAUCAAGAGACUUUGUUAAAGAUCUUGGACCAUUGAAAGAUUAUACAAUUUUGGCGCUUAGCAACCUAUUGAGUGCAAAUGUUGAUUCCGGCUUGACAUUUUCACUUUCAAUGGCCUACCACGAAGAUUCAAAGACACGAACAGCAUUUAUGCAGGUUCUUACAAAUAUUCUUAAUCAAGGAGUAGAAUUCGAAGGAUUGACCGAGAAUGCUAUGAAAGAACGUUAUGAAAGAUUGGUUAAUGUGUUCACAGGGCCAGAUUUGGAUUUUGCACUUUCAUUAUGUGAAGUUUGUCCAGUUAUAGAACAAGAAAAUCUUGCCGAGGUGCUGGUACUCGCGUUUGAUUCUCGUAACAAUUUACUACCUUUAUUAAAAGCAAUGUUUGACAAAGAAGUUUCUAGAACAUUCAAUGAUUAUGAUUUGCUUCGACGAAAUAGUAUUGCGACAAGAAUGUUGGGAUCUUUUGCUGAUAUUUACGGUGACGAGUAUUUGCGCGAGACGCUUCAGCCAGUUUUCAAUAUGUUAUUACGAAAACCAAAAAAUUUCAGAUGUGAAAUUGAUCGUGAAAGAAUGACUACAGAUGAUAAUAUUGUUAAAAAUUUAAAUAAUUUAAAAGAGGUUGCUCAAUCAUUUUUAGAUGCCAUCUUUGCUUCUUCUUCAACAAUACCAAAAAUGUUUAAAUCUGUAUGUUACCAUCUAUCUAAAUCGGUGGGCGCUAAAUUUCCUGACUCAUCUCAAACAACAGUUGGUUCAUUUUUAUUCUUGAGAUUUUUCAAUCCAGGUAUAGUUGCACCAGAUACCAAAAAUCUUUGUAAACCAAUUACCGAAGAAAGAAUAAAGCGCAUAUUGCUGUUAGCCACUAAAGUAAUACAAAAUUUGGCCAACAAUAAAAGGUUUGGCGCAAAAGAACCCUAUAUGGUUGACAUGAAUAAAUUUUUAGAGUCUAAUAUUGAAAGAUUUAACGAAUUUUUACGUGAAAUUUCCCAAAAAGAAUAUUCAAUUGAAGAAUUACGAGAAAAUGAUGUGCUCCCGCGUAGAUUAGAUGAUGCUCAUAAAAAAAUUUUACACAAACUUUUGUAUGACAAUCAAGAAAGGAUGAGUAGAGAUUUACAAACUCGUAGAGUUAAAAACAAUCUGCAAACAACAGAUUCGGAACAAGCACAAAAAAAUAAACGUGAAUGGGACAGAAUAUCCACAUUGUUAGCACAAUUAGAUCCACCAAAUAUCAAUUCAAAUAAGGAGUUCAAGAGAUACAAUGCUAUUUAUUAUCAGUCCAAUAAUCAUUUAUACGCUGAAUUUAUGAAGCGUUAUGAGAACCGAAACUUGGAACCAAUUGCCACUAAAAAAUUGUUUUAUCGAGGUGGUGUGUCGAAAGAACGUAGACCUGUUUUUUAUUAUAUUGCCCGAAGAGUUGACGCUGAAGCUAUUGAUAUUGAACUUUUGAUGUACUACGUUCUUCACAUAAUCGCAAACUGUAUGAAUAGACCAUUCGAGAUACUUUUUGAUUUGACACAAUUUGGUUUAUCAAACGAAAUACAAUCACAAUGGGUUCAACAAUUUAUACAAAUUCUUCCAUCGGACGUAAUUGAAAAUUUGGCAACACUUUAUUUUUACAAUACAAAUUCACCAUUUAAAAAAUUUUGUAAAAAAUUAGCAUAUCCUAUCACCAAUAAAUUGGCCAGAAAAAUUGUUUUUUGUUGUUCAUUGAAUGAUCUUCAUGAAUAUAUUUUACCUACAGAAGUUCAAUUACCAAGCACUACAACACAAUUGGACACAGAUCAUUGUACUUCUUUCAACCAUGUUAGUCGCAUAUCUCACUAUCGCAUGCAAGUUAAUUGUACGAUGAAAGUGAGCAAUGAGCACAUUCAAGUCAUAACGAACAGAAAACAGGAUUUAUUUAACGGAUUAAGUUGCUAUUUGAAUGAUGUUUAUCACAUAUCAGUAAUUGAAGAUGUGAGUAAUUUAUCACAUAGAUACGAUGACAGUGAAUUUGUAAUCAAACAAAAUAAUGGUAGACCUUCGUUAGCAUUCUCAAGUUCUAGACGUGAACAAAUUAUGCAAGCAAUAAGAACAUCUAAAGCAGGAUUUCAAAUAGCUAGACCAUCACCAAAUGCUGAACGGACAAUUACCCCAAAUAGUGUACCAGGCACGUUUCUAAACAUGGCAUUGUUAAAUAUUGGAAGUGAAGACCCAAACUUAAGAUUAACUUCGUAUAAUCUGUUGGUGGCAUUAAGUCUUGCAUUUAACUUUGAUGUUGGAAAUCAUUUACUCAGUGCUAAAGGUUUAUGUAUUCCUGUAAAUAAUACAAAUUUUGUUGUACAACUAAGUCAAAGAUUGGCAAUAAAUGAAGCACGUCUUACGCUGGAAUUUCUUACUGAAUUUUUUGUUGGAUUCAAUAAAUCAAGCAUACCACAAAAACAUUUAUGUCUUUUGUAUAUGGCGCCUUGGUUACAAAAUUUAGCAUUGUAUGUAGUAAAUGGACCUGAUAAUCAGCAAUUUAUUCUGAAAGCUAAAGAAAUUAUUCGAUCGUUGAUUGAUUUGACUGCAAAAGAAACCGAGUUAUAUACCGCUAUUCAAACUAAAAUUUGGAGCACAUUGAUAGGUAUAGAUGAACUGACAAGUUUAAUUAUAGAUGAAUUUAUUGCAUAUGCAGUUGAACAUGGGAUUGGUUCAAUACAAUCAGAAACAGUGGCAAACACAAUAGUCACGUUAUCAUCAAUUAGUGUUCGUGGUAAAAUAAUUUCCAGGCUUCGAAGGGUUAUAUCAAAAACAUCUUUACAACCAAGCAGAGACCUAAAAGACAAUCCAUCCUGGACUGAUAUUUCUGUUUUGAUUCGAUUCAACCUGAUGCUCUCAUUCAACAAUCUUCAACACAUAUCCGUUCACCUCCCGGAAUUAUUCCACAUCGUAUCACUACUGGUAUCAACUGGAUCACAGCUUAUACGAGCAUCAAUUCAUGGACUUAUUGUCAAUCUGGUUCAGAGUUUGUGCACAACACCGUCAUCUGAUAGUGAUAACAAUGAAAACCGUAAAUUUCUAAAACUGUUGCUGACCGAGUUGUCAGAACCAAAACAUCGAUUUUUUUUCGGAUUGACUAAUUCACCAGGAAAUGGUGCUUUUGAUAUAUCAACAAAAUCAACAGAUAAUUUAAGUGAUAACUUACCAUUAAAUUCAUUGGAAAAUGUUAUUCAAACUUUAUUGGAAGUAAUGAAAUAUGGCGCACCCUCGAUUGAUGUAGCAAAUUCAUGGAGAGCACGUUGGAUGGGAUUAAUUACAAGUACAGCAUUUCAAUAUAAUCCUGCGAUACAACCAAGAGCAUUUGUAGCACUAGGAUGUCUUGCACAUGAAGAGGUAGACGAUGAUCUUUUGUAUCAGAUAUUGGUAGCACUCAAGGGGGCAUUGAAUCAAUUUGAUCAAGAAGAUUGCUUACUAGUCAUUAGCAUACUGAUGUGUCUUACCAAUAUUGUAAAAAAUCUACCAAUUGAAUCACGUUAUCUCCAAAAAAUGUUUUGGUUGGCGAUGGCUCUUAUACAAAUAGGCCAUGUUCCAAUUUUCCAAAGUGCGUUAGGACUAUUACACUCUGUAUUGUAUUCGUUGGAUAGUAAAGGAUUUUUUAUACAUGAGGGGUUUGAUAAAGUUUUGAUGAGAUCAAGAAGAUCGUUAGAAUCUGUUACCGAAAGAUUAGACGAGAUAUCCGGUGUUAAUUAUGAGCAUUUUUCAUUUGCAGUGGCUGCUACACUUUUGAGAUGCUUGAAAAAUGGAGCAACAAGAGUUGCAACACAAAAUGUAUUAAUAUCAUUUUUGGAAAUAGCAUCAAAAACUGGAGUUCACAAUAACAAAACGACAAUCCGUUCAAAUUUAUUAGGAUAUAUGGCAGCUCUUUUACCGUUAUCGGCCAAUAACGUUGACAUGAAAGAGUUGUUGUUGUUGUCGGGCGCAAAUGAUAUAGAGAUAGACAACUCGGAGCCGACUUUUAAGAUUUUUGAGAAAAUUGAUAUACCAGAUAAUCAAACAGCUUUGUUACUAGUAUCACUGAUGGUAGCAAUGUUAAGUUAUGCGGAACAAGAGACCGAAAAAUUGUUUUUAUAUGGAUUUUUAGCAGAAGCAGCAGAAAUUGUUCCAGAAGUUUUUGCUCUGGUGUAUGAAACAUUGUUGCCUAGAAUGAUUAACAUUGUAUCGGACGAGGAAAUUUCACCAAUAAUAAUAGAUUCAGUACAAGCAAUUAUUAUUACAGCAAUUUCCGAACCUGAAUAUAAAAAGAAACUAAAAGGAACUCAACUGUAUUAUUUAAAUGAGAUUGGGUUUAAAAGUUUGUCAGAUAAUGCAAUAAAAGGCGAUUUAUCUCAAAGCAAGAUUAGAAAAAAUUUGGAAUUAACGUGUCAAUUAAUAGAAUCAAUUACUCGUAUAAAUUAA